AUGUCAACACUCGACCGGCGCAACGACGCCACCACGGUGAACCCCUUCCGCGUCAACGACCGGGAUGUGGUGAUCCACCAAACCGUCCGCGGCGCCGACUGGUACUACGCCGUGUGUGCGAUUAUGGGUGCCACCGCCCUGACCAUCAUGGUGCUGAGCAAGCGAAAGCCUCGCACUGACCGGAUCUUCUUCUACCUCUCAUCCACACUCUGCUUUGUCGCCUGCAUCGCCUAUUUCUCCAUGGGCUCGAAUCUCGGCUGGACGCCUAUCGACGUCGACUUCCAGCGCAGCAAUCCCAAGGUUGCGGGCAGGAACCGACAGAUCUUCUAUGCUAGAUAUAUCGAUUGGGUCAUCACGACACCGCUCCUGCUCACCGACCUGCUCCUCACCGCCGGGAUGCCAUGGCCCUCGAUCCUCUGGGUAAUCGGACUCGACGAACUAAUGAUCGUGACUGGUCUUCUCGGCGCCCUAGUGCGCAGCCGCUACAAGUGGGGCUUCUACACGUUCGGAUGCGCCGCAAUGUUAUACAUCUUCUACGAACUCGGCUUUGUCGCGCGCCGCCACGCCCUCGCGCUCGGCAAAGAUGUCCACCGCGUGUACGUCAGCUGCGGCGUGCUCACGCUCGUCGUCUGGGUGCUGUACCCGAUCGCAUGGGGCUUGAGUGAGGGCGGCAAUGUCAUCGCACCCGACAGCGAGGGCAUCUUCUACGGCAUCCUCGAUGUCCUGGCCAAGCCAUGUUUCUCCGCUGCGCUCAUCUGGGGACAUUGGAAUAUCGAUCCCGCGAGGUUGGGGUUGCGGAUCCACGAGAUCGGUGAUGAGGGCCUGAGCUCUGCGGAGCGUGAGAAGCGUGAUCUGCCGAAUACCGGGCAUGAUGGUGCACCUGGUGUGCAUUCUCAUCAUCAUGCUGCUCCGUGUGCUGAGAAUGCUGCGGCUGCUCCUACAGUCUGA